AUGGCAGGUAUCAAGCGAAAGUCUGCAGCUGCGGCGCAGCCCGAAGUCAAGAGCAAAAGCAAGAAAGUCAAGGUCGACAAGCCUGCGAAACGAUCGAGCGACAAAGACGCGGUUAAACUCUCGAAGAGCUCCAAGAAGACGAAGCGCGAGGUCGAUUCAGAAGAUCUUGUGGAGUCAGAUACCAGCGAGGCCGAGAAUGGUUUCUAUGGAUUCUCUGCAAGCAAAAGCGCAGACGAAGAUGUGUCCAUGGAUGACGAAGAGGAGGACGGUUUCGUCGGCGAUGCGCUUGAAGCUGCCCUAGAGAAGGACACCACAAUUGACAAGAAGAAGAAAGAAAAGAAGGACAAGGAUGGCAAAAGCCAGCCCAAGAAGGAAAAGAAGGCUUCCAAUGAUAGCGAGACUGUGGAAGACAAGUCUUCGGCGCUGGCAGGCCUGAACGCUACAUCGUCUCGUGAGGCUCACGCCAAGCAGAAGGCGGUAGCAAAAGAACGUAAAGCUGCAAGACCUAAUGCCGAGAUCAUGGAACAACUGAAGGAGCUGUGGGAGAAGUUGAGACUCAAGACCAAUGUCUCAGCUGAAGAAAGAAAAGAUCUCAUUGACAGGACCUUUGAGCUUGUAACUGGUCGAAUCAAGGAGUUUGUGUUCAAACACGACACUGUUCGUGUCAUCCAGUCUGCGCUCAAAUACACACAUUCUAUGGAGCAGAGGCGAAUCAUCGCUACAGAGCUCAAGGGCGAAUUUAAAGGCCUGGCAGAAGGAAAGUACGCCAAAUUCUUGAUUGCAAAGCUAUUGGAGAAGGGCGACGCUGAGAUCCGGGGAAUUAUUAUCCAAGAGUUUUACGGGAACGUUCGCCGUUUGAUCAACCACCCAGAGGCUGCUUGGAUACUCGAUGACACAUACCGGCAAGUAGCUACGCCAGCGCAAAAGGCCCGGCUGCUGCGGGAGUGGUACGGACCUGAGUUCUCGAUCAAAGGCCUCGGGGACGACAAAAACCUCGACAGCAGUGAUCUGACUGCGAUUUUGGAAAAGUCGCCAGAGAAGCGCAAGCCGAUCAUGGACUACCUGGAACAACAGAUCAACCAGCUCAUUCAGAAAAAGCAAACCGGCUUUACCAUGCUCCACGAUGCGAUGCUACAGUACUUCCUGACUUGCAAGCCGAACACAACUGAAGCCAGCGACUUCUUGGACCACUUGAAGCCAGACCCCACUCUGAAGGAAGGAGAAGAGGCAGACAACAUCGACUUGCUCAAGAAUCUUGCCUUUACAAAGCCCGGUUCGCGCCUUGUGUCACUAGCAUUCGCCUACGGAGCAGCGAAAGACCGUAAGAUUUUGCUGCGACCAUAUAAGGAUACUAUCGAGACCAUGGCUUAUGAUGCAAAUGCUCACAAUGUCCUGCUAGCGGCAUUGGCAGUCACAGAUGACACGAAGCUUACCUCAAAGUCAAUCUUCGGCGAGCUGCUGCCCGCAGUCGGAAGCGAUGAGCUCUCGGAGAAGAUCCAAAACCUUUCCAACGAUGCCCGCGCGCGAUGUGUCCUCCUUUAUCCCUUUGCAGCAGACGCGAAGUGGCUUCUAGAUGAAGAAACCCGCGGACGGCUCGCAGAAGUGUACAAGGUCCGCGAGAUCACCUCAAAGAAGGAUGCAAAUAUACGAAACCAGGAACUCGCGAAAAACAUCGAGCCUCAGCUGCUGACAGCUGUCAGUCAGCAUGCCGAGCACUUCGCGCAAUCCUACCAAGGUCUGCAACUUAUCGGCGAGGUAUUAGUCGGGGCACCCGAAGUGGAACCCAAACUGCGGCAAGAGGCUUUGCAGAAGGUGGCCGAUUUGUCACAGCAAAUCAUCGAUGGUGGUGGUUUCAUCACCAGUCACGGUAAGAACAUGCUCAAAACCCUCGUCCAGGGCGGCAAAUUCGAUCCCAAGACGAAGAAGGUCGUUCCUGUAGAUCCGCCAUUGGGCUUCGCGGAUCUGUUCUGGAGCCACAUCAAGAAGGACUUGAUCACAUGGGCAACUGGCGAGGGUUCUUUCGUCAUCGUUGGCUUGGUUGAGUCUGAAAAUUUUAGCCACAAGGACGAAGUCUUGCAGGCGUUGAAGAAGGGUCGUAAGCAAUUGCAGGAGGCUGCAGGUCCUGCCAAGGCGGAUGUGAAGACGCAGAAGGGUAAGAAGGGAGCUGCACAGCAGAGCAGGGGCAACGCAGGGGCGAGGAUAUUGCUGGAGAAGCUGUAG